AUGAAAGUGUGUUUAUCCUUCAUUUUGAAAUCUGAAAACUUUCCUGUUGCACAAAACUUAAGCAUUCAAUUGUUACAAAAUACGAAUAAUAGAAUAAUUCACUUAAAUUGGACGCUAAACACAAACAAGGGGAUUUUGUGCCCCCACAAAAUACUAGCUUUCACUGAAACUGAUGACAAGAGAUGUGAAUAUGAAACACAACACAACUAUUAUGAAUUCGACUCACUGGAACUAAACAAGACGUAUAAACUUGGGGUAGUGGUGAGGUCUUUACAAAAUAGCAGCUUCAACUUUGAAAAGUUUGUGAACUAUUCAACCUAUCCGAUACCAAAAAUGAUUUGUCCAGGACCACAAAGUUUACUUGUGGUAAACGGUUUGCAGGUAAAACAUCUACCAAAAGUAAUGGCUCAUGUAGUAAGUUGGAAUGGUUUACCUAGUCAAUUCAGAAAAUGUUUCAGUCAUUAUACGGUGAUUCAACAUGAAAAAAGGAAUGGAACGACUUAUCUUCAAAUGAUUCGGUCAAUAUGGCAUUUCAACAAUAUAAUAUACAACAUAAAUGAGGGUAGUACUUAUGAAUAUGGUGUCAGAGUAUUUUACAGGAAUGAGGCUUAUGCGGAAGUCAGUCAACUAGUACCAAUUUCAUCAGUAUCUUUACGGUCAAAAGAAUGUCCUUGCGAAUUUGAAGAACAGAGAGAUAAGAAAUGGAAAAUAACAAUAUCGCUGGUCCACGAAGACCAAAACAACACAUCUGCAGACGUGGAACAUGUCAUUCUUAAAAGCCUAACAGACGUGGAAAUUCAAAACAGGACUUUUAAACUAACUAUUCUCGACAGGAAAAUAGUCAUGCGUCAAAUUAGAUAA